AUGGACCCCGACGCCGCCUUCGGAGAGGCCCGGCGAAGCCUGGACGAGGCGCCCCACAAGGGCAUGGACGCCCUGCUGAGCCCGGCCGCCUUCGCCCCCGCCGGCGGGCCCUGCCGGAACAGCCCCUCCGCCUACCCGGCCCUGGACGGCGCCGCUGAGCCCCCGGCCAAGCAGGGUCCCCCCUGCCCGUCGGGCAUCCCGCAGGCCUCCUCCACCGCCGCCCCCUUCUCCUACGGCUGCUUCGGCGGCGGCUACUGCUCCUACCGGGUGGCCCGCGGCUCCCUCAAGCCCUGCCCGCCCCCGCCGCCGGCCGCCUACCCGGCCGACAAGUACCUGGACGCCUGCAGCGCCGGCCCGGCCCCCGACGACUACCAGACGCGCCCCGCCGAGUUCGCCUUCUACCCGGGCUACGCCGGCCCUUACCAGCCCGUCGCCAACUACCUGGACGUUUCCGUGGUGCAGACCCUCGGCGGGCCGCCCGGCGACGCCCGCCACGAAGCCCUCCUGCCCGUGGACCCUUACCACCAGCCCUGGGCCUUGGCCGGGGGCUGGAACAACCAAAUGUGCUGCCCCAAAGAGCAGGGCCCCGCCGGACACUUUUGGAAAUCUGCUUUCGCAGAAGCCGUCGGCCAGCACCCCCCCGAGGGCUGCUCCUUCCGCCGCGGCCGCAAGAAGAGGAUCCCUUACAGCAAAGGGCAGCUGAAAGAGCUGGAGAAGGAGUACGCCAGCAGCAAGUUCAUCACCAAGGACAAGAGGAGGAAGAUCUCCGCCGCCACCAACCUCUCCGAGAGACAGAUCACCAUUUGGUUCCAGAACCGGCGGGUGAAAGAGAAGAAGAUCGUGGCCAAGGUGAAAACCACCAACGCCAGCAGCAGCACCGCCAGCAGCAGCAGCAGCAGCACCCCGUGA